AUGUUUUAUCUUCACAUAAUUCAAUACGCUGGAUUUGUGGGAGCUCAAAUCACCAACUCAAUUCUCGUUUAUUUAAUUGUGACGAGAGCGAAAAAGUUAUUUGGAACUUAUCGUUAUGUGAUGUUCAGUUUUGCAAUUUAUUUCUCUUUGUAUGCAUGGAUUGAGAUUUUAACACAACCGAUAAUUCAUAUCAAAAGCCCGGCAUGUGUUGUUUUUAUGGAGAGUCCAUUGAAGCACAAUAUGUUACUCGGGUAUAAUAUUACUUGUCUCUACUGUGGCUCAUUUGCUCUUGUUAUCUCUCUCCUAGCAGCUCAAUUCAGCUACCGUUAUGUUGCUGUUUGCAGACCCACAUUUCUAGCUCACAAUGAGCGAUUAAUACUAUUGAGUAUCUUCAUUCCAUGUUUAAUUUGUUUCACUGCGUGGUACGCUUUCGUUUUCUUCGGGAUGUCAAAUAGUAUUGAAAAGCAAAUGUAUUUAAAGGACGAACUUCGAGGAUACUAUGACGAAGAUUCGACAACAGUUCCAUUUAUAGCUGUAAUGUAUUGGUCUAUUGGAGACGACGGAAAAAAGAUUUGGAGAUUUUGGGAUCUCAUGUUACUUGUUGCUUGUGUUAUCACAAUUGUUCUGCACGUCCAUUUGUCUGGAGUUUUGUUCUAUGUUGACAGUAUUCUGAAAUUUCAUAAAACGGCUGGAGUUCUCAUCUCUUCUCUGUACUGUGGUUCUUUUGCUCUCUGCAUAUCCAUGUUGGCCAUGCACUUUGUUUUCAGAUAUGUUGCUGUUUGCAAUCAUCAAAAACUGCAUCACUUCGAUGGACUUAAAGUUUACCUUCUUUUCAUCCCACCAUUCCUUCUCUUUACCAUUUGGACUCUAUCCAUUUAUUUCAAUUUCGGUCCGAACGAGAUCAAAAACGAUUUCUUCCGGAAUGUGACGAUGGAAUUGUACGAUGAAGACAUAGACAAAAUUGCAUUUAUGGGUCCAUUGUAUUUUGCAAUUUGUCUCACAACGUGCGUCAUUUGUGCCUUCAAAACAUACAAGAAGCUGAAUGACAUGACGAUUCAAAUGAGUGAACGGACACGAUCUCUCAAUAAACAACUCUUCUGGACACUCGGUCUUCAAACUCUUCUUCCAUGUAUCACCCAAUACAUUCCUGUCGGAACAAUGUUCUUUCUUCCGUUUUUUGAAAUUCAAUUUGGUAGAAUUGGCAAUGUGGUUGGAGCAGCGUGCAGUCGAUAUCCAGCAAUCGAUCCAAUAAUUGCAAUUUUCAUGAUUGACAGAUUCAGAAAGUUUGUGUUGAGGAAAGAAGGGAAAACUGUAUCGAAUACGUCGAAAGUGUCCACUGUAAAUGUUGAUGGAAAGUUUUCGAACGGUCUAAUCGAGCAAUAA